CAGCGCGAUUCCGGAAUUGACGCGUCACACGUGUAUGUUAUGUUGCUGUGUGAAUACUUAUUUCUACAUGCAGCUUUGAACUUUUUCCACCGGCACCUGCUUUGUUAGAAAGAUCUAGUCAUGGUUGUAAAGAAGAAAACACCUAAAGUGGAAGCUGUGGCUUUGGAUGAUGUCAAGCUCAAGAGCCUGACAGAUUCCCUGUCUGUUGAGGGGGAUAGUCGGGCCACAGAGCUUGCACAGGUCCUGAAGGACAGUUUGUCAUCUUCUGAUCCGGUUGAGCAGAUCCAGCUCAUCUCUAAGGCAGGCUUCCUGUUGGAGCAGUUGAAAGAGGAUGAAUCUCCUAUGGGUCCUUUGAUCCAGGCCUCCCUGAGCACACUAGCGUUCCUGUUUACCACACUGCCAACUAAGAACCCUCUAAAGAGAGCCGUAGCAAGUGCACUAGGUAGUGGCCCGGAUUGGCUGCAGGAGCAGACGGUUGGAUGUCUGUCUGAGAGCCUGUCUUCCUGUCUCUCCUCUGCGGGCACAGAUCACUACUCCCCCUUAACAGAUAGCAUCACUUCCUGCCUGGAUGGCUUUAAAAUCGGUGAGAAAUGUGUUCAGCGCUUGCUAACAGAAGUCCUCCAGUUCUUCCAAAGGACUUUGAAUUAUUAUGUGGAGCAGAACAGGGAUCUAGCUGGUCGUCAUGUGGCUCAGGCUCAGCUGAUGCAGUCGUGUCUAGCAGCGGUGAAGGCCUCAAUGCUGGUGGUUCAAAGAUCUCAGGAACCCAUCAGUACCGCUGUACUUUCAGCCUCAGAUAACCAAUCUGAUCUACAUCCGGCUCUCAGUGGACUACUCAACUGCUAUACAUGCAUCUUGACUGAUGAGGAGUUUGUUCAGACGGUCCAGAGCACUGCUGGAAUGGCUGUUGUUUUGCUCAUCAGAUCUAUUAUGGGAAAUGGAGAUGAUGUACCUGUCACAGUUGCAGGUCUCCUGCAGUGUUCAGUGGACACAGGCAGCAUCGCCCCCCAGUGGCUGAGACAGAGCUGUGCAGGUCUGUAUGACAGCAGCAGGCCAGCAGCCGUGGCUCUGUAUCUGAGUCAUGGAGCUCUGGCGAUGCUCAGCUGGAGAGGAAAGACUCUCGGUCCACAGGCCGAGAAACUGCUGCUGCUCAUACCUGAAGUGCUUCUGUCUCUAGAUACAAGAGUGAAGGAGUCCAGUACGGUGAUGGUAGUUGCUCGGGUUUUGACUCUCUGGAGUGGAGCUGCGGUCGACUGCGUCCAGGCGGACACUUGUCCCUCUCUCCUUCGCUCGUCUCUGGUCGGAGGCUCUCCUCUAAUCGCACGCCUUCACCACCACAUCUACGCUCACUGGGAGCACCCGCUGGACGGGGUUCGCCACCAGACGCGCUCCAUGUUCCAGAACCUCCUCACGCUCCACCAGCACUGCAGCGACCACAAGUCUGAUCCCACCAGUGACCCUUACAUUACCCAGCUCACCCGGGACCUUCUAGCACUAGAGUGGCAUAUGAAAGGAAAGUACGGGACACUUGGCUGCUUGGUGGAGCAUUUAGGUGCGGAGUAUCUGCUCAAGCUUGAUGGUGGACUGCCGUCCAGGCUACUUAGUCUGAUGGGGGAUCAGACGAUGGCGCCGUAUGCCAGCGACCUUCUGGAGAAGCUGUUUGUCAGCCAUAAGACCCAGUUGUGUGCCCGGUUUAGGGAUGGGGAUGCGUGGAUAGAUGGGUGGCAUGAAGUUUGGGUGAGGCCUCUGCUGCAGGUACUGUGCACAGCCCGAUUGGAUCAAACCACUUAUAUACUGGACUACUUCCUGCCUAAAUUGCUACGCUGCAACCCCUCUAGCCUUAGCCACAUGGUACAGGCCCUGCAGGAAAUGCCGACUUGCACAGAGGGGUCGGCUGGCAGCAGAGGUGCUUUGGGGGCUCUGAUGACGUGUCUGCGUGCCGCCCGUUCUCAGGGUGUUCUGAAGUCUGUGGAGGAGGAAUUAUGGGGUGGCCUGGUGCCGCUCCCACUAAUGCGACAGGCUCUGGUGCACAAACAUGAUCAGGUGCGAAUGGAUGCUCUGGGUUUGGUUUGUGAGAGCCAUCGCAGCACGGAAACGCUGUCCAGACAGGAAAUAGAGCUGAUCCGCCACUUCCUGCCCUUUAAUCUAAACAGUCAGUCACCAGGAGUCAGACAGCAGACUGUCAGUCUGUUAAAGAAGCUCUUGUGUAGGGUGAAGGACAGCGCUCAGCUGCUGCAGAAGAAACUGGACCAUCAUGACAACCACAAAGACCAGCAAGUCCUCAACAUGUACCAGGAGUUCCUGCACUGGUUCUGUGAGACUCUGUUCCAGGUGCUUCACCCAGGAGCCUCGUUCUCCAGGUGUCUGAUGGCUCUACACCUGCUGGGGCUCAUCGCUGAGCAUUUCACCUUUAACACAGGCUCUGGUUUUGCUCUUGGAGAGUCUGUGAGCUUUUCUCAUGCUCAAGCUGUGCUCUGCUGUCUUGCAAGCAACUUCCUCGAAGUCAAACAACUCGCCUGCAACCUUUUACAAAAACUGCCCCCCGCAGCAGUGCGACUCCAGGAGCCAGAAAGGCUGCAGUCUUUGCUGCAGGUUGCUCUGGACCUCAGCACCAGCACCAAACCCUUCGACAGCGUCACUGCUGCUCAUCUUUUCAACCUGUUGCUGCACCAGCCGGGUCUGCAGGAUGCGUUACUCAGCUGUAUCCAGAAGCAGCACAUCCCUGUCCAGCCACCAGCAUUGAUCCAGUCACAGACGUCUGAGGCUUCCAGUCUGGAGCAGAACACCCUGGCAGUGGUGCAGUGGCUGAUGGUGUGUCUGAAGGAAGAGGUUUUGAAGGCCGAGUCGUCUCUUCUGCAGGCUGCUUCCUCCUGUCCAUUAUAUGGCAGAGCUCAUUGCAUCACUGCAGUCCUGCAGCAGCUCAACACUGGAUCACUUGUACUGCUGUCUGAGUGGAGGGCUGUUGUGUCAGAGCUCAUAGGCCUGUGCUACAGGAUGUCUGAUGUCGUGUCACCUGUGGUUCAGAGCUCUUCCCCUGAGGGUCUCAUUCCCAUGGACACAGAGUCUGAGACCUCUGCUGGCCUUCAGAAAAUCCUGCAGGAGAUUCAACCUCGUGACACAAAUGACUUUUUCACUACUGCCAGAGAACUGGAGCCCAGUGAGAGCGGCUGUAAAAGCGAGCAGAAAGAGCCAGAGAACGCAGAUCAUAAACCACAAUCCUGUAACAGCGGUGGCAGUGAUGGAGAGGCCUAUCGAGUCACAGCUCAGAUGGUGCUGGUGUGUUGCUGGAGGACCAUGAAAGAGGUGUCCAUGUUACUGGGUCAUCUGUGUCAGAGCAUGCCACUGCGCUGUCCUCUCACACACCCUGACGGCAGAGGAGUCAUCACAGAGGACCAGGUGGAAGGUGUGGGGAAGUACUUUCGGGAGCAGCUGCUGCAGUCUCGUCACAGGGGGGCGUUUGAACUGGCCUACGUGGGUUUUGUUCGGCUCACUGAGAUGCUCUGCAGGAGUGGGAGUGCUACGCUACAGCAGCUGCCAGCACAAUGGCUGAAGGAGGUUCUUGAGGAAGUGAAAUCCAGUGACCCCUCUUCCAAACUGUGUGCGACCCGUCGCAGUGCGGGAAUACCCUUCUAUAUACAGGCCCUGCUGUCCUCUGAACCCAAAUCAUCCAGCUGUGGACUCCUGAAGAUGACCAUGAGAUCUCUGACGGCAUUGGCCAUGCCUUCUAAUGAUGGAGAUACUGAGAGCAGCUCUGUGCCACAGGUCCAUGCUCUGAACAUCCUGAGGGCUUUGUAUCGAGACACGCGUUUGGGGGAGAACAUUGUGCCGUUUGUGUCAGAGGGCAUGCAAGCUGCUAUCCUGGGUUUCACUUCUCCCGUGUGGGCCGUGAGAAACUCCUCUACGCUUCUGUUCAGCACUCUGAUUACGCGGAUAUUCGGGGUGAAGAAGGGAAAAGAUGAGCACUCCAAAAAGAACAGGAUGACCGGCCGAGAGUUUUUCACUCGUUUUCCUGCCCUCUAUCCCUUCCUCCUCAGUCAGCUACAGGAAGCUGCAGCCACUGUGAACAGUGAUUCAGGGCAGGUGAAGCUGCACCCCAGUCUUUUCUUGUUGUUAUUGGUUUUGGGUCGCCUCUACCCGUCUCCUAUGGAUGGUUCAUCAUCUCCUCUGGGAUUAGCUCCCUUUAUGCCCUUAAUCAUCAGGUGUGGUCGCUCUGCAGUGUACCGCACACGUGAAAUGGCAGCGAGAGCCCUGGUUCCUUUUGUUCUGGUGACCCAAAUUCCCUCCACUAUCCAGGAUCUGCUGGAGGAGCUGCCUCAAGAACCUGGACCAGGACUUCAACAAAACCACAUCCAUGGAACUCUGCUUCAGGUGCUGUCGCUGUUGCGUUCCUACCUGGCAGACUCACACAGACCCCAGACAGGAAAUGAGCAGGACUGUGACCUCUCCAGUUCCCUUUUUCCACGGCUGUGGCUUGCCACAAGGCAGAAUCCGUGUUUGGUAACACGUGGUGCGUUUCUAGACCUGCUGGGCUGUCUUUGUGGUUGUCUUCCUGUUCCUGUGUCAGAGUUGCAGGUGAAAAAACUGCGUGAGGAAACCCUGAAGAUUCUUGUGGCAUCAGAACUUUUGGCCCCUUGGGGGCCCGAUGACAUGAACCUCUCAGUCCCUGGAGCUACACAGUACCUGCAAAGUUUGGCUCACCUAGCCAUCAGCGUCUGUGUGGAAUCACCUCAGCUGUGGGAUUGUCCAGAGUCUGACGGGUUUCGGAGAGACCUUCUUGAGCGACUGCUGCGGUGUCCGCAUUAUGAGGUUCGGCUGUUUGCCUUGGAACAGUUCCUAAGGAGACUUCAGAAGACAGAGGAAGAGUGUCAACGACGUGGUCAGGGACCCUUGCCCUUUGACCUCAGUGUGUCCAGCCUAACCUCUCUGGCCCUUCAUGAGACUUAUCCUGCGUGUCAAGCCAAGGUUUUGCAGGUUCUCGCUGUUCUUCCACUUUCUUCUCUGCUGCCCUGGAGAGAUGGGAUGAUGUCUUUGAGCUGUCUGGAGGUUCUACAGCAUCUUCUCACAUUGCUGGAAACCUCUGCGCACAGUGUGGAGCUCUACUGUGCUGCUCUCUCCCUAACAUCUCAGCUGGUGCUGCACCUGGCCAAAUCAACGCCGCAGGAUGUCAGUGAGGCUGCAGUGGUCUGUCUGAGCAGAUGGGGGGCGCUGGUCGUGCAGGGCUGCGGUGAGGAGCAGCCUGCAGAAGUCAAACUCAUGUCAGCAGAGGUGCUGGUGAAGGCCGUCCCCACCUUACUGACGGCGCCAGCCCUGCCUCUGGGUAUCACACCCACUGUAGCACUAUGGAAGAGCCUGUUUACCUUAUUACAGGAUGAAGAUCAGGACGUCAGGGAUGGAGCAGCUGACUUCACCUGCUAUAUACCAGCCCAUUUACACAACACAGGUGUUGCCACGGGUGCCGUCUCUCCUCCGGUUGCCUUGGAGAUGGGGGUGGGUCUUUUGUGCCAGCUGUUCCAGAUGUGGGGCCAGGUGGCUGCCGGAAUGAUGAACCUCAUAGAAUGGCUGCUGGGAGACGAACAAUCGGAUACAGGUUGUGAGGAGUCACUGGACUUGGAUGAGGAGUUCCUCUUCGAGAAGGGAGAUCUUAACCUGUGGGCAGAGCCUUUGUUAUGGGCACGCAUGUUGCACGGACACCUCUCUGCCCUCGGAGGAGUGACACAUUCACCUGGCGUAAGCGCUGCAGAACUGGACAGACUAUCAGCCGUCGCAAAGAGCAAUGCCCUGGUGGCUGAGCGCUCAAUGAAAGCCCUCCCUGCGCUCCCCCAGUUUUCAUCCACCAUCGAGUACGCGAAGAUAUCGCUGUUGAAAGAGAGAACGUCACUCGCUCAGAUCCUUCUAGAUACACUUAGGUCUUUAGAUGACUGUGAAAGAUUGAGAAAGUGAAAGGGCCUAUUUUAAUCUGACAGUGGUUUUCCUGUUUAAGAGUUGAAUUGCAUGCAGGCAUGACCACAGCCUUUUUUAAUUCAAAUAAAGUUUAUUACGUCCA